GCUGAAGAAAGACUGAUUCACUGUUUGGAAGCGCUCCAAUCAUUGCACUGCGACGACACCUACUUGUGAAACAGUAAAAACUCUUGGUGAAGCAACUGAUAUCCACAUGACAUAAUAGUAUAAAGAUGGCGUUUAUUAAAGAGGAGAGUGAAGAUGUGAAGAUUGAAGAAGCAUUCAGAGUCAAACAUGAAGAUACUGAGGAACAAACAGCCGUGAUGCUGCUUAAAGAGGAAAAUAAAAUGGAAGAAGAUCAGUAUGAGAAACAGGAUUUUAUUACUGGAGAAAAAUCUUCUAGUUGCUCACUGACUGAAAAGACCUUACUUAAAAGAAAUAAAAAUACAGGAUCGAGAAGUUCUUUCAUUUGCCAACAGUGUGGAAAAAGUUUCAGUCGAAAAGGAAGCCUCAAAAUCCACCAGCGAAUUCACACUGGAGAGAGUCCUUUCACCUGCCCACAGUGUGGAAAAAGUUUCACUCAAAAAGGAAGCCUUAAAAUCCACCAGCGAAUUCACACUGGAGAGAGUCCUUUCACCUGCCCACAAUGUGGAAAAAGUUUCACUCAAAAAGGAAGCCUUAAAAUUCACAUGCGAAUUCACACUGGAGAGAGCCCUUAUGCUUGCAUAGAGUGUGGAAAAAGUUUCAUUAGAAGAGGAAGCCUUAAAAGCCACAUGACAAUUCACACUGGAGAGAAGCCUUACACAUGCCCUCAAUGUGGAAAGUGUUUUACUCGUAAAGCAACCCUAAACGCCCACAUGAAAAUUCACACUGGAGAGAGUCCUUACACCUGCAAACAGUGUGGGAAGACCUUCUCACAAAAAGGAAAUCUACAGACUCACAUGAGAAUUCACACUGGAGAGAGGCCGUUCAUUUGUGGCCAGUGUGGAAAAAGAUUCAGAGGUAAAGUAAACCUCAAUUACCACAUAAGGAUUCACUCAAGAGAGAACUGUUUUAUAUGUCAUCAGUGUGGGAGAAGUUUCACAGACAGGAAACACUUUAAGAAACAUGUAAUAACUCACAUUGAAGAGAACCCAUUCUCUUGUCUUCAGUGUAAAAAGAGUUUUACAUAUCAAAAAGACCUGAAACAUCAUUUGCAAUCUCAUUAUGGAAAGAAAGUGCAGUAUUCUGAAUGUGGUAAAAUGUUUAAAAAGAGCAAUUUCAAAAAUCACUUGCACAUUCACUCUGGACGAAGGCGAUUUAAUUGUGAUCAGUGUAAUAAAAAAAUUAUUUUGCCAUCACACUUAAAGAUACACCUAAAAUGUCAUGCAGAUGUGAGACCCUAUUUGUGUUCUGUGUGUGGGAAGAGUUUUAAAUGGCUCAGCAAUUUAAAAUGGCACCAGAAAAUACUUAUCUGUGUGAAAUUAAGGUUACGAUAA